CUGUGGGUCGACAAAUAUAGAGCCCAGUCGUUUUUGGACCUCGUCAGCGACGAGCGCGUCAACCGCGCAGUGAUGCAGUGGAUCAAGGAGUGGGACUACUGUGUGUUCGGACGCGACAAUGCCCUGACCACUCGUACCAAUGUCAACACAAAUGGGUUUGGCAGAGCCUUGCCGCCAAAGCCAAAGAGCACAGACAAGUGGAAGCGGCCAGACAAGCGCAUUUUGCUUCUGUCGGGCCCGCCGGGUCUGGGAAAGACGACGCUGGCGCACGUAGUUGCCAAGCAGGCGGGAUACGCUACCAUCGAAAUCAAUGCCAGCGACGACCGCACUGUCAGCAAGGUGCGCGACCGCAUUCUGGGCGUUACGCAGACCCACGCAGUCGGGCUCCACGGGUCCACCAGACCGCAGCUGCUGGUCAUUGACGAGAUUGACGGUGCUGCCCAGGCGCAGUCCAGCCAAGGAGAUUUUAUUUCGACGCUUGUUAGCCUGGCCACUGCCGACGAGUCCUCUGGCGACAAGGCCAAGGCCAAGAAGCAUCCACCAGCCAAGGGCAAAUUCGGGCCGCUGCUUCGCCCAAUCAUCUGUAUCUGCAACAACGUCUAUGCGCCUGUGCUCCGGCCGCUGCGCCAGGUCGCCCAGUGCUACCAGAUACACGCCCCAACCGCAGUGCAAUUGGCGAAGCGGCUCGAGGAGGUGUGCGAGAACGAGGGUAUGGCUGCUGACGCCUGGUCGUUGAUGGCGCUGGCCAAGCAGAACGAGGGCGAUAUUCGCGCGUGCCUCAAUUCGCUGCAGAUGAUCCGCGCGCACUCGUCUGCCCUGGGUGCUGACCAUUUGAGGGGAAACAACAUUGGCAUCAAGGACGUCCAGCGGUCUUUGUUUGCCGUCUGGGAUAUGAUAUUUACUAGGCCCUCGGCUGCCAGCCUUCAGCGCGCUCAGCCAGCCCAGAAAUCAUCGUACAGUGAGAUGCUGCUAGAGGCAGUGCAAUCGGCAGGCGAGAACGAGCGCAUCAUGCAAGGCUGCUUUGAGAACUAUCUGCGCAUGGACUUCCGUGAUCUGACACAUACUAAGGUUGCUUCUCUGUGCACAGACUGGCUCGAGUUCUACGACUUUGUUGACUCUGCCUGUCGCAAGAACCCGUCGGUUGCUGAGCCCUUAUACGGAUACCUGCAUUACCCGAUACUGGCCAUACAUAGGACGUGCAGUACGGCAUUGGGUCUGGCAAGCGGUGAAUUCGAAUACCCGCAUUCCGAGUACGCCGCAUUCCAGGCACGCCAAGUCGCCACAUCUAUUAUCCAGUCACUUGCUGCUGGCUGCACAUCGGUGCGCGCGCGUGCUACAUGUACUAUCAACUCAGUGGCAACAUCCCUACUCGACCCGCUGCUGCACAUCAUCUCACCGACGCUGAUGACUGCCAACAAGCAGCUACUGAAGGGUGGCGAGAAGGACCGGCUGAUGCGGCUACUCGAUGUCAUGAGCUCCUGGCAACUGACAUUUGUACAGAGCAAGGAAACCGACGGCCAAUUUGUAUAUAAGCUGGAGCCGCCGAUCGAUCGUCUGUUUGCGUUCGCCGAUCGCCGACCUGCACGCAACAUCCUGCCCAUGCGGUACCCAGUACGCCAGCUCGUAGCCCAAGAACUCGAGCGCAUGCGCAUGGCGCGCAUAGCAGCAAAGGAGGAGAUGCAGAACGGGAAGAAGGGCGGAUCGGGUGGCGCCAAGGAAGCAGCGAAACGCGAGUAUCUGGACAAGCUGUUCGCUGACCCCCUGGCGAAUGCCAUUCAGGCGCCAAAGAGCAAGGACGUGCCAAUGGACGAGGAUGGUGAGCCGCUCAUCAAGGACUUCUUUGGACGAUUGGUCAAGCGCAAGACUAAGCAGACAGGGCCAAAGGAAGCUACUCCCGGCACGAAUGCCAGUGCCAGUGGCGGCAGGCAUGAGGCAGGAAAAUCAAAGAUGUGGUUCCACUUCUUUGAGGGGUUCUCGAAUGCUGUGCGUAAGCCAACACAGAUGAAAGAGCUGUUUGAAUAAAGCGGCGCUUCUGAACCUCCGAACUGGCAAUAGAAGCUCAGGAAUGUUUCUUACACCCCUCGCCACAAUUGUCAACCAAUACUAG